GCGUCCUGAGUUUUACAAUCCCAUAAUAUUGAUGACGGCCUGUAUAAAAGUACCCAGAAGAUAUUUGUGCACCUGUAUAGUCAGAAAUGCACGUCAUUCGAUUUCAUGUCAAAGCAGCUGAUUAUAUAGGAUUAUAUUCCAGUCUGUUAGACUGAUGUAACCUGCAUCAAUUUCUAGGAUUACAUGAAGCAGAAGAAAGGAUGAUUGCUGCCUGAUGCAGUGCAAGAAAUUUUAAGUACCCUAGGUAGUGAUAAUGUGUUGGAUACAAAACAUGUACUGUGUGAAGUACAUAACACUAUGAGGAGGUGCAGUAAAUGGGCGUUUUCAGUAUGAUCACUAACAACAAUACGUUUGGAAUCAGCCCGGUAGGGAAGGGUUCGCGGAGACAGAGUUAUGGACUUGUUAGUGAGGACGAAGAGAAAUCCAUGUGGAAAGAAUUUUCCUUGUCCCAUAUCAAGGACACCUUUAAAAGUCUGCAAAUGGAGGAAUUAUACCAGUACUACUGUGUCCACAUGAAGAACUCCCUAACUAUAGCCCUUGUUGUCAUGACAACUAUUAUAUGUCUUACUGUGCUGUUCUAUCAUCUUUUUGACACUCAGGACAUGACAACUACAGAAUUUAUUUCUCAUGUAGCCAUUGUCGGCUCAGGGAUCGCUGGAAAUUGUGUGUUCUUUGGAUUCGUCGUGCGGAGUAAAUUCUACUGUCAAUAUCCCACCUGUAUUUCUAUUUCAUACUGGAUAUUUCUCCUUGUGUUGCUCAAUUUGUAUUUCAAUGUGCCAUUCCAUAACAGACGACCUACAGAUGAUGUGGUAGUUGUGUUUUAUGCUAUUCUAGUGUGUUACACCAUGCUACCACUUUCUAAGUGCUGGUCUCUUGUGCUGGGUGCUUUGACUGUUGUUCUUCAGUUGACGACUGCCGGGAUUCUAGCAGAAGAUAAGACAUUUCUUGUCGGUCAACUGAUGAUUAAUUUUGUGAUACUAGUGUGUGCCAAUAUAAACGGAAUGUACCACAAAUAUCUGACAGACCUAACACAUCGACGGACAUUUCUAGAAGCUAGAAAUUAUAUACAGUCCAUGUUUAAACUAGAAAGAGAGAAGAAACAACAGGAGGAAUUGCUUACUAGCUGUAUUCCCAAUGAUUUAGUGGAGGAGAUCAAAGAUCUAAGUAAAAAAAUGAAGAGCAGUCGGACCUCACUCCACGAUCUCUAUAUUCAGCAACAUACUGAUGUCAGUAUAUUGUAUGCAGACAUUGUCAAUUUCACCCCUCUGGCUGCUGAGUGCACAGCAGAGGAACUUGUCAAGAUGUUAAAUGAACUGUUUGGACGAUUUGACCAGCUUGCUAAGAAAAACCAGUGUAUGAGGAUUAAGAUCCUAGGUGACUGUUAUUACUGUGUGUCCGGACUGCCUACUCCAAACUCCAACCACGCAGCCAAUUGUGUCAACAUGGGGCUCCGGAUGAUUGAUGCCAUCAGAGAAGUUCGGGAAGCGACUGGUGUAGACGUGGAUAUGAGGAUUGGAGUCCACAGCGGAAUGGUCCUUAGUGGUGUUCUUGGGUUGUGUAAGUGGCAGUAUGAUGUCUGGUCUGAUGAUGUCACUAUUGCCAACCAUUUAGAAUCUGGAGGAGUGCCUGGUAAGGUCCACAUCACCAAGAGAACCCUGGAGUAUCUGUCCAAUCAGUUUGAGGUCGAGCCAGGCGCGGGUCACAUGAGGGAUGUUUACCUAGCGCACCACAACAUUGAAACUUUUUUGAUUAAACCGAAAGUCAGAAAGUUUGAUGAGAGUCGGACAAUCCGUUCCCGCUAUGAGAGCAGUCUGAGAGCAUCGCUCCGAGUCACAAAAUACCUGGAAAACUGGAAUGUAGACAAACCAUUCGCUAGUCUCCACGUUAGCCCUAUGGCAACCAAGUUACUGAGUGUCACUAGCUUGGCAUUUCUUGACUCUAAUCUAGUCUUGAACAGUAUUGAGAAUGACCAUGGAGUAAUUGGUCCCAGCCAACAGUUAAAUAUAGAGGUCAAUGCUGAAUUGGCCAAAAAAUCCAAAGAUCUGGUUAAAAAGUAUUCCUUUAGAUCCAUGAAGAAGCAUGAGGAGGAUUUUAACCCCCUUCUGAUGAGUUUUAGUAAACAGCAGGAGAGAGAGUACCAGCAGAGACCCGACACCUCCUUCAAACUCGGACUUCUGUGUGCCCUCUUCAUGUUCAUAGGAGUCAUCAUUGUGCAAGCCGUCAUGUCAAACAGGGAUGCCGUAUUCUUUAUCAGUAUUGUUUUUGGUUGUGCUGUGUUUGCAGUAGUAAUCAGCUUUAGUUUCAUCGCAGAAUGUUUAACACCAAUUAAGGGUAGCCCAUUGGCCAAUCGUGUUCUUGUAUUAGCCUGUCAUGUGACCAACAGCUUGGCUGCCAGGAUGUUUAUUGUCACUCUCUGUGUAUUUUGUGUGUACAUUACCUCCAUUGUGCCUGUGAUAAGUAACCAGUCCCUGCCAGAAGACAAAGGCGCUGUCAACAAUACAAAACCUUUGUACUGGGUGCACAGCAGUCUGUUUGGAAUGGUGACAACAAGCCUCUUUCUGCAAAUUAGUCUGACUUUUAAGGUCAUUCUGACCAUCAUUGUUGUCAUUAGUUACAACCUUACCUACCAUUUCAGUGGAAUGUUCCAAGCAGACAUGUUCAUCAGGAGCAGUAUUGAACCACUAGACAUUGCCACGGGAAUGUCUAUAUAUUUGGCUGUGUUCCUGUUUACCUUGAUAUUUCACGACAGACAGGUUGAAUAUGCAAAUAGACUGGAUUUCCUUUGGAGGAGAGAAUUUCAGUCCGAGACAGAGAAGGUUAGAAACACUGCAGAGCAAAACAAGAAGCUGCUGGAAAACAUAUUACCCACUCACGUGGCCGAGUAUUUCCUGCGAGGAAGCCGAAGCAAAAACGAGUUAUACAGUGAGUCUUAUGACAAUGUCUCUGUUAUGUUUGCAUCCAUUCCAAACUUCAAAGAGUUCUACCAUCAGAAUGCAUCCAACAAGAAUGGAAUUGAAUGUAUUAGAGUUCUGAAUGAAAUCAUUGUGGAUUUUGAUCAGCUCCUUUCAAGAUCAGAGUUUUCAAAUAUAGAGAAGAUUAAGACAAUUGGGAGUACGUACAUGGCAGCGGCCUGUCUGGAGCCGGGGCGGGAGAAUGAAGGACACCAGGGAGAAUGUCAGAAAAAUGUCAUCAUGUUGACUGAGUUCGCUCUCAAGAUGAUGGUCAAAUUAGAGGAGAUAAAUCUCAACUCAUUCAAUCAGUUUAAACUCAGAGUUGGUAUCAAUCAUGGUCCAGUGAUUGCUGGGGUGAUCGGAGCCCGAAAACCUCAGUAUGAUAUUUGGGGGGACACAGUCAAUGUGGCCAGUCGGAUGGACAGCAGUGGGGAAGCCAGUAAAAUCCAGGUCCCAGAGAAAACAGCAGUGAUACUCAUAGAAGCAGGGUUUCAAAACGAAUACAAAGGUCUAACCAAAGUCAAAGGAAAGGAACCAAUGAAGACGUACUUCAUCCUACCAACUGCCAUCGAGGCAGCUGAUGACAAUCAGGGUUGAAAAAUCAACGUAUGCCGUUAUCCGCAACCACCCACUCUUGAAAACUCCCUGAGCCAAUAUCCACAUUUCCUUGAAACAUCAUGAGCAGGUCAAGAAAUAUUCCCAAGGAUACUAAGACUGCAGUUUCCUCAGUCUCCGUAAUAUAGCUGUCGUAUUGUGGCAUACAGCGUCUUCUAUUGGCAAAGAGAGCAGAAAAAGUAUAUAACUCUGUCGUGCUUAUCUUGCCAAAAUUCGUUCCAGGAAUUUCACUGAAUGAAAACAAAAUUUUGAUUGUCCUGAGGAUAAAUAUUCAGACACAAACUUCUUACUCCUGAGUACCAAUAUAAGAAAUUUAUUUAUGUUGACAUCGAUCGCUAUGUACAUGUAUUGUAUAAACAAAUGAUAAAGGCACUGAAGUGUCUGGAGACAUCAUAAAAUGUUAUUGUAUAUUUACUGUUGUAUGAUCUGAGCCUACUCUAAACACCCUCUGUGUGCAUAUCUGUAAUAUAGGAGAACAUGGAUAUAGUUAUCAAAGACUUCCGGCCACAAAAUUACAAUUCUUUAUAUCAAAAUUGAAUUCCAGUAUUUUGCCUUACCUGGAAGAAAUUUGACUGGGCUACUGUGAUUUUUUCACUAUAACAAGGUGUAUAUAUUAAAGAGUUACACUGUAGUUAGGACACCAUGAUAAUGCAUGCAAUGUAUGCAAGGAAUCGUUUAGAAGAAAAUGAAAGUAAAAUAUAUGCAGUAUGUAGAGAGUGCAGGAGAUUGACCUCGGUGAUCAGUGCUGAAUGAAAUGGGCAUGGUGUGUUUUGAAUGUAACAGUUUGUAUGCAUUUUAAUGAAAACUACUGCAAUCCCACUACAUUGUAGAUUUCCUCACCCUGUACAGUUGUAUUUUACAUGAAAUGUAGAACAUCGUGAUAUUUUUACCUGCAUGUGUUUUGUAUUCCUUGUAAUGUUGUAUUAGUUGUUCAGAUACAAUCAUAAACUGUGAUACUGUUAUUUGUUACUUGUGCUUAAAAUGCACAAUGAUGUUCAUGAAAAUAAUCGUAAUUCUCUUUCCUGUCAUCGAUGUAGGUGAAGCUGUUAUGUUUGUGUCUAGCUCUGUUUUGAUAAUUAUCAUCUUGAUUCUGCCUGACUUGUUCUAACAUUGAUAAAAAAUAACAGUAGAAAAUAAAAUUUAAUGUUCUCAUAUCCAAAAUUAGAAAUACCUAAUUUGAAAUGACAGGAAUGCAAUAUUAAUUGAUGUUAAUUAGCCUAAUUCAUUCUUGUCUAAUGCAUUAUAUUUUUUACUCAAUUGUAUCAUUCAAGUGGUAAAAAUUAGGAAAUAAUCUGUUACUAGAUCUACAUGCGAGAUGUGUGCAAAAUUUUACCAUGAAAUGGUCAGGGAAUAUAGUGUUACCCCUUUCUGCCCAUCAUUCCACCAUACUUAGUUUUCUGAACUUUUUGCUGUGAUUGCAGAUAAUGAGCCAAUAUUUCAAUGGUAUAUCUCUAUACAUUGAGUGCGAGUUUCAUGUUGAAUGACCUAAUUUCACUAUAGAGUUAUUGCCCUUAGACUUUGAACAUUUCUAAUUAAUAACUGUUUUCUAGAUGUUUUUUUUUUUAAUGAUGUUCUUUCUAGAUGCAAGAUUUACAUGGUAUAUAUCAUUAAUUAAAAAAAUGUAAUUUUUACAAUGAAUGUAUAUUAGUGUGCAUUAGUACAUGUAAUUAAGAAAUUUAUAUUUCAAUAAUUCAUUGCAAGGUCCGUCUUGCUUUCUCGUGUCCUUAAAAAGUGGUAUAAUUCUCGAUAGUAUAAUUAUACUGAUUCAAGAAAACAAUUACGGUAAUUUAAAGCACCAAUAUAUGAUAUUGUAUUUUUUGUUCCAUCUGAACCCCAUGUUUAUUUUCACAUCCUAGGACUUCAAAUAUUUGAAAUAUGAAUGUCAGCGGGAGCAUUGGUGUCAAAAUUACUGAAACACAAAUUUAUUCAUAUUUUGAAAUUUUGUUUUCAUAAUGUUUAUCAAUAAUGAUUUACACUGUAAAAAUAUUUUUUAGAUCCCGAAUCAUUUUACAGUAGUUUGUGGAGAAUCUCAUUUAUUGAAGGACAGUAUCAUUAUCUAAUUUAAACCAUAUUAACCAUGAUGGCAUUUUACCUUGCAAAUGAUGAGGAUUAAUCUCUGUGAUGCAUAUCAAGGCUUUGCAAUGCAUGUUUUUAUCAGUGGUAUGAAUUAGUGUUUUAAAUUGAAGAAAUAAUCUUCAUUAUCUAUGUUUUGUUUCCGAGAACUUUGUAUUUUUAUAUCUAUCUAGUCAUUGAUGGGACGUGUGUUUUCUUGUUGCUGUAUCCAUUAUACAGUAAAACAUAAAAUUGUCAAAAAAGUA